AUGAGGCUGUUGGCAGUGGGAGCCUUCGUGUUGAAGAGAAAGUAUCGCUCCAUUCUCCAGUUAGUUAAACCAUGGUAUGAUGAAGUAAAAGACUAUGCUUUUCCAUAUCCUCAAGACUGCAACCCCAGAUGUCCUAUGAGAUGCUAUGGACCAAUGUGUACUCACUAUACACAGAUGGUCUGGGCUACUUCUAAUCGGAUCGGCUGUGCAAUCCAUACCUGUCAGAACAUGAAUGUUUGGGGAGCUGUGUGGCGACGAGCAAUUUACUUAGUAUGCAACUAUGCCCCCAAGGGAAACUGGAUUGGAGAAGCACCAUACAAAGUGGGAGUGCCAUGCUCAGCUUGCCCUCCUACUUAUGGAGGAUCUUGUACUGACAACCUUUGUUUUCCAGGAGUAACAUCAAAUUAUUUAUAUUGGUUUAAGUAA